AAAACAACAGGCUCCUCACUCAGCAACAAAAACGCACGCCAAUUGCAACGCGCGGGCUCCACCGCACGUUUGUGAAGCCCUCCGCACUGUCGGAGACCGCAGCGAUCGAAAACCGUUCGCAUUGCUGCGUUAUUUGCAGUGUAAUCAGCAACAGCCGCAGAAGACCUGCAAUAACAGCGCGCGCAAGCCGCAUUUGCACCAUGCGCACCGCCCUCCUCCUAGCCCUCAUCGCCGCCAGCGCGCAAGCAAUCACGGAGGAAAACUUCGUCGACGGCCAGUGCGCCACCGCCGACGGCGCCGACCACUUCCCCUAUAAAAGCGAGGCGGGCGACCAGUUCGCCGAUGUCAUAAGCGCCGACUACUCGCUGUUGUGGGAGGUGCAGUACGAGAACGACUACAAGAUCGUCAAGAACACGAAGACGGGCGACGUCCACGUGCUGCACCAGUGCGGCCUCAAUCCUCCGUCAAAUGAAGACCUCCCGGCCUACGCCAAGGACGGGACGAUGGUGGAAGUGCCGCUCACCAAGAUCGCCACCACAUCAACGACCUACCUCGCCUUCCUCGAGAUGCUCGGCGAGCGCAAGGCACUCAAGUCGUACCAGUCGUCCUUCCAGUACGUGUCGUCGCCCUGUUUACGGAAGAUGCACCGCGACGGCCUCAUCGAGGAGAAGGACGCAUUCGCGGACCCUCCCAAAAUACCUGACUUGGAAGCUUUGGGCGUGCAGGCGACGUUCGCGUCGAGCUUCGGUGCGCGGUCCGCGUCGGAACCAUUGCGUCGAUGGCGUAUGAGCUGUACACACAGGCGCCGACGAGUACAAGUUCAUCCAGAUGACGGACAUCGACGAGCAGCAGCCCGACGCGGUGCUCAAGGGCGCCGAGUACGUCGAGUACCUGGGGCUCUACUUCAACCGCGAGAAGGAGGCGUCGGCGGCCAUCCAGCACAUCGUCGACAACUACAUGUGCACGCAGAAGGCCGUCGAAGGUGUUGUGAAAGAAAACGAGCCCGUGCCCGUGCUCUGGGCGCAGUACUGGUCGGGGGCGACGUGCGGCGACGGGUCGUCCGGGGGCUGGUCCGUCGCGUCGGCGAACACGUGGUACGCCGAAUUGAUUAGAGCGGCGGGCGGGUCCCUUAUUAUUCCAGACGUCGAGGCGGCCUGCGAGUCGUGGGGCGCGCCGUAUCUCUCGACGGCGCAGCUCCUCGAGGUCGGCAAGGACGCCGCGGUCAUGAUCUCGCCGGGCCCCUUCCCCGAGGACCAGGACGUGUCCGCCCUGAAGGCAUGGAGCUGUGUGGAAAUCAAGUUUCGGGCGCCCCACGCCAUCGACGCUAUGUGCUUUGCGUAGCUACGUCGGCUCGAUGGCGUGGAUAACAUAGCUCACUGGUUGAUUUCCACACAGGCGUGGGAGAACGGCCGCGUCUUCGACAACCAGGGCCCGAACGGCGCGAACGACUGGUUCGAGCGUAGAGUGGUCGAGCCCGACGCCAUGCUCCAGGACCUCGCGCUGGCCUUCUACCCCGACGACGGGCCCACCGCCACGUUCUCGCGCAAGUGGCUCCGCGACGUCCGCGCGGGCGAGCCGAUCGGCGGCGUGUCGGACGAGGAUCUAGAUACCGCGUGCCCCGACAUCGACGCACCCUACGAGUUCUCCUCUACAGACAUGUGCGCCCAGAUCUCCACGGACGACCCGGAGCAGCCUCCGGACGAGUCGGACGCCGCGGCCCGCGCGGUGCUCGCCGCGGCGGCGGCAGCGGCGGCCGUCCUCGUGCUCUAGGACCACUCGGGCGGCGGCCGGCGCCCGCGCGCCCCUCUCCGGGCCCGCGCGCGCACUUCCUCAACGCAGACGAAGCUGCGAUCUCCCCUCCCC